AUGGUAACGCUGGCCACUACACAUCCAUGUUCUAUAAACCUUUCUCUUUUUGUUUCUAACAGUGACUGCUUCAUCCAACUUUCAAAUCCAAACAUAGCAACCAUGCAGGAAGAUGUGCUCUACCAUUUCAACCUCAGCACCAGCACACACGAUUUCCCUGCUAUGUUUGGAGAUGUGAAGUUUGUGUGCGUUGGUGGAAGCUCUUCCCGGAUGAGGACCUUCAUCAAGUAUGUGGCUGCAGAGCUGGGCCUUGACCAUCCAGGGAAGGAAUACACCAACAUCUGUGCAGGCACUGACCGCUACGCCAUGUAUAAAGCCGGGCCCGUGCUGUCUGUGAGCCAUGGCAUGGGCAUCCCUUCCAUCGGGAUCAUGUUGCACGAGCUCAUCAAGAUGCUGUACCAUGCCAGGUGCUCCAACAUCACCAUCAUCCGCAUCGGCACUUCAGGCGGGAUAGGUCUGGAGCCUGGCUCUGUCGUCAUCACGCAGCAGGCAGUGGAUGAGUGCUUCAAGCCUGAGUUUGAGCAGAUUGUCCUGGGAAAACGGGUGAUUCGCAACACCAACCUGGACCCGCAGCUGGUUCAGGAGUUGGUGCAGUGCUCCUCAGACCUGAAUGAGUUCCCCACGGUUGUGGGCAACACCAUGUGCACCUUGGACUUCUAUGAGGGGCAAGGCCGUCUGGAUGGCGCCCUCUGCUCCUACACAGAGAAGGACAAACAGGCCUAUCUGCGUGCAGCCCAUGCUGCGGGUGUCCGAAAUAUCGAGAUGGAAUCUUCGGUGUUUGCCACCAUGUGCAGCGCCUGUGGCCUGAAAGCUGCCGUGGUGUGUGUCACCCUUCUGGACCGUCUGCAAGGGGACCAGAUCAACACUCCCCACGAUGUACUUGUGGAAUACCAGCAGAGACCACAGCGGCUGGUGGGCCACUUCAUCAAGAAGAGCCUGGGACGGGCCUGA